AUGAAGCGCUUCAUUGGUCACUUGGGGCAGCUCCAGUGGAGGUCCACAAUGUGGAGGAGAAAUCGCUUGACCACGGCCUACUGGGCGAUGCCGCGAAGCUUUCAAGCGUUGGGACUCUGCCCAAAAGUUCAGAACAGCCUGUUGCUGGCAGAAGAUCCCAAGCCCGUCAAGAAUUCAACACAGGAGGACAAAGAGACCUCCGACACAUCAGGUGAAGCGCCACAAAAUGACAAAGGAAAAAAGCCGGAGGAACCCGAGAAGCCAAAGCCAGACCAUUACUCUGUGGUUGUAACUCCAGAGAUUUUCUUGGACGUUUCCACGUUGCCGCUGCGGAUGCUCGUACAUCGCACGGCCAUUUGGUUUAUGAAUUUCAUGUUUCCUUCUCUGGAGUUGAAGUGGAGCAACUUUUCGCUUGGAGCCGAACAGGCGGUAAGGGCAGUCUACGGGCACCUGGCGUCCCAGGAUUUGGAGCAGUUGCGAGGAUUAGUGACCAACUCCUUGCUGCAGGAGCUGCGCAAAGAAGGUUCACUGCACGACGGGAAGGACGAGAACUGGUCUGAACCACCCAGGUGCCGCAGCGUUGGACCGGACCAAUGUGGUCCCAAAGGCAUGAGAUCAUGA